AUGGGCUUAGGCGGAUGUUAUCGGCGUGGCACACUGUUGGGGGCGGGGUUGAAGGGUCGGACAGGAAAAGAGAAGGAAGGCGAGGACAUCUGUAACGAAAACGAUGGCUGCGAUCCGUAAGAAACUGGUGAUCGUUGGUGAUGGCGCUUGUGGGAAGACCUGUCUGUUGAUAGUCUUCAGUAAAGACCAGUUCCCUGAGGUCUACGUACCUACAGUGUUUGAGAACUAUGUGGCAGAUAUUGAGGUGGACAGUAAGCAGGUGGAACUGGCCCUCUGGGACACAGCCGGACAGGAGGACUACGACAGACUAAGGCCUCUCUCCUACCCCGACACUGAUGUCAUCCUCAUGUGCUUUUCCAUAGAUAGCCCUGACAGCUUGGAGAAUAUCCCAGAGAAGUGGACCCCUGAAGUAAAGCACUUCUGUCCAAAUGUGCCCAUCAUUCUUGUGGGUAAUAAGAAGGACUUGCGGAAUGACGAGCACACACGUCGGGAGUUAGCAAAAAUGAAGCAGGAACCAGUGAAGCCAGAGGAGGGCCGGGACAUGGCUAACCGCAUCAACGCGUUUGGUUACUUGGAGUGCUCGGCCAAGACGAAAGAUGGUGUGAGGGAGGUGUUUGAGAUGGCCACCAGGGCGGCGCUGCAGGCCAAGAAACGCGGCAAGAAGAAUGCCUGCCUCCUGCUAUAGAGAGCUGGGGAAGGAGGGGAGGGGAAAACCAAUCAGGCCAAGGAAAACGCUGCACCCCUCUGUCUCCCUCUGGAAGGGUGGGGGAGGUUCGAGGUGGGCAAGGGAGAAAAAGAUAAUUAAACAAGGAGGAAUGGAGAAGAAGGUCAAAUGUAACGAAAAGGGGAGUUUACAUUUUUAAGGCCAAGGUGAUCGCCAAUCGGCUUUCAGUAUAAGAUUUUUUAUUCGGUCUUGGAUGACUAGAAGGGUAAAGCAAAAAACACAAUAUCUCUCUGGUAAACUUAUGUCUGAGCGUGGUGGUGAUCUCUGAGGGAAGGGAUAAGAUUGGUGUUCUUGAUCGGGUCAUAAACCCCAGCGCUAUUGCCCUGGUUCAUAGAGCGGAGCAUCAUCAGAGAAAAAGGGUGAUUCAUUACAUCAGAAUGGAUGUAUGUUCUCCUGACUCUCUUUGACCUCAUUGGCUUGCAGUGUGUCUGUCUGCGCUUGUCUUUCAUUUCUGUCCAGCCAUACCAUAGGUGUUUAUUUUCUUUGUUCUCCCUAUGGAUAGACUAACCCUAUCCUUGCAUGGACCAGCACCUCCUUCUAUGAUAUCAUUUAGUUCUAUCAAUAAUAUAGUUCACUUGAUACAAGCAAUUUUGAUUUAUUUAAAUAGCUAAAUAUUUUUAUUUGACUUUGACUAUAUAAUUCAUAUUAAAAUGCAUACAAUAAUAAUGAUAAACUGAUUUUUGUUAGUUUUAUAAGCCUGUUCAUGAAUUGUAAUGAACAAUUAUUUUAGAAUUUGGUUUUGUCAUAAGUUGGGCUCAAGUCAGAUAAAUAUAUACAUUUGAUGUGGACUGUCAGACACUGGUUUGAAAGGGGAGUAUGACUUUUGUAUUAAGUGAUAUUAAGUUCAGCAAAUUUGGUAUUUUCCGCUUGCAGAUUGUUUUUGCCUGCAUGACAGGCUGUUAUUGGGAGUGAGUUUUUAAUGUUGACCUAUUUCUCACUCCCUCCAGUCCACUCCUCACUCCAUGUCUUUCUAACAACUGUUGAUGAUGGCUUAUGGCUUAUCCUGUACCAGUUAUGCAUAUUUAACAAAUCUAGUAACUUUAGAAUGAAAGGUUAAAAAUAAAAGGUAAAAUGCUUGAAAAGUAAUUAAUGAAUAAGAAUGACAAGAUGUCAAACUAUUAAAUGCAAGUAACUUCUUUAAAAAAUAUCUUGGUCAUUUGUGAGGGGGGAGGGGUAUUGUAUACAAAUGCAUCCUCACAUUUCCUCAGUCCUUUUAAAUGUACUCUAAGAAAAUAAAUUGUUUUAGGGAAUAA